AUGGAUGAUCGUGAGGAUGUGUUUGAUGAAUAUGAAAUAUUUAUGGAUGCUAUUGGCCGGGGGGGGGGGGGGGGAUUUGGAGCGGAAAAUAGUAGCCACGAGGACCUGAAUGAGCAAGCAUCAAUUUUUUUAGAUAAUGUGAAUAAAGUGGGUAAGCCAAUAUACCCGGGCAAUCUCAAAUAUUCUCAAUUGAAGUUUGUUACGAAAUUACUACAUUGGAAGAAUCGCAACAAAUGUAGUGAUAAAGCUUUUGAUGAGCUGCUCUUUUUGCUUGGAGAUGUGUUCCCGGCCGAUAAACAUAAGCUUCCUCUCAACUAUUAUGUUGUUAAGAAGAAGGUUAAAAGGUUGAGUACUUUGGCAUAUGAAAAAAUACAUGCAUGCGAGAAUGAUUGUAUGUUGUUCUAUGGCAGUGAUAAAGAUAUAAGAAAUUGCAAGUAUUGUAAAUUGAGUCGAUAUAAAGCUACAACAAAUGCUGGGAAUAAUGUUGUUCCAAGAAAGAUUUUUAGACAUUUCAAAAUCACUGACCAUUUGCAGCGUUUGUACAUGUCUACCCGCACGGUUGCACAUAUGAAGUAUCACAAAAACAGAAUUGUGACCAAAGGGGUUCUCACUUAUCCUGUAGAUGGAAAAGAACGGAAAGAGUUCGAUACGAAUUAUCCUGAUUUUUCAGCGGAGAUUCGUAAUGUAAAACUUGGCCUUGCAACCGAUGGAUUUCCCCCGUACAACAAUGCUACAUCUACUGUUUACUUAGUAUGGCCCGUUGUGCUACUUGUGUACAAACUUCCACACACUAUGGUGACAAAGGAUCCAUAUAUGUUCAUGACACUGCUGGUACCCGGGCCGAAUGAUCUAGGAAAGAAUUUGAAUGUUUAUCUCAGGCCUCUAAUUGAUGAGUUGAUCACUUUAUGGAAUGUUUGUGUGGAGACAUUUAAUGCUUCUGCGAAGACUAAUUUUAUGAUGCGAGCAUCCCUAUUAUGGACUAUAAGUGACUUUCUUGGGUUGGGAAUAGUUAGUGGAUGGUCAACUCACGGGAAAAUGGCUUGUCAUGUGUGUAUGGGUGGAGUUAAAGCCAAACAACUGCCACACAGUAGGAAGUCAAGUUUUUAUGGGUUGCAUAACGGGUUUUUAGAUAAACGGAGAAAAAAUCGGAUGAAAGGUUGUGUUAUUCGCAACAAACUUGAUAGUAUAAUUUUUCCACAACCUGGAAAACAACAUUCCAAGGAAAGGACAAUUGGAUUUGGAGAUUGGCAUAACUGGACGCAUGUCACUUGCUUUUUUGACUUGCCAUAUUGGAAUUCCUUGCGUCUUCGUCAUUACAUUGAUGUCAUGCACACGGAGAAAAAUGUGUUUGUUAACAUUUUUCAUACUAUUCUUGAUAGCGUAAAAAGAAAAGAUACCAUAAGAUCGGGAAAGGACUUGGAAGCAAUGGGCAUCAUGCAAGAGUUGUGGCUUAAUGGUACACGCAAGCCAAAAGCUAGAUAUAACCUAACCCAGGAUCAGUUAAAAUUGCUAUGUAAUUGGGUGCAUCGAGUGAAACUCCCAGAUGGUUUUUCAAGGUGUUGUAAGAGAUCCCAGUUAAAAUUUCAAGGCAUGAAGUCACAUGAUUGUCAUGUAUUUAUGCAAAAGUUAUUGCCUUCUACUUUCUGUGAACUUCUUCCAGAUGAUGUGCAUAAAGUACUUUGUGACCAAGGAAGGGCAGUUGGAUUACCGAGGAAGCCAAAAAAAUCAUUGUAA